AUGGCGGACCCUGUAAGAAAUAUCAUCAUCAAACUCGGAAGCAAGACACAUUCUCCAGAGGUGGCUCUUAAACAUAUUCAGACACUAUUGCAGUUUGCUAUGAAGAAGAAACUCAAGCUUGAUCCUCUGCUUCGCGACGAGAUUUUGUUGACUGUUAUGACGAACUACCCAGAGUCAAACAAUUCUGAUACUCCUAUUGAAAUUUCACCGGAUAAACCUGAUGAUUCUGCUACCCCAUCUUGUGUGCCUGUUAAUACUAAAAUUUUAUCUGCUUUGAACUCUGAGAACCCCUUUGUGAAUGUUGAUCCUACAUCCCUGCCGUUGAGUGAGUCUGUUGAUGUGAAAAAUGAUAUCUUGCAUGUGUUUGAUGUGAAAGAAAAAUCCUCUGAUGAGCCAAAUAACCUGAGUUUAGUUGUCUACUCUUCUGAUAAUAUUGCUCUGCCUCCUGCUGAGAUUGCUGAUGAUCCUAAAGAAAUUUGCUCUGCUGAUGUCACUCCUGUUUUACCUGCUAAUGUUGAAACUAUCGAUCUCUCAAACCCCCAUAAGUCUGAGAAAACUGGUGGAAUCCCAGUCUACACUGCCACAUCAUUAGGUGAAAGUCUGAAACAGGUGCGACACUUUGCUGGCCUACCAUCUGCUUCAAUUCCUCAAUCGUAUCGAGUGAUUCAUCCAUUUGAAUCCUCCAGCGAAGAUGAUAAAAUUCUGGCUGAAGUGUAUGGAUCUCAAAUACCUCCAUAUGACAUUCCAACUGUUAAGGCCACUGCUCAUCAUGACUCCAGGACCUUCAAAAUUCGAGAGAUUUCGAAUCUUAUAGGGAACUCAUCUGCCAAUGUCUCUGAUUCUAGUCACUCUGUGACUCCUGUUCAAUCCCCAACCAAAGAAACAAGACGGUCUAAAAGGAAGAAUGUUCCAGUAAAGGUAGUUGUUGAGACCGGUGAUGACAGUGCUGAUGUGGAUCAGCCUGAGAAGAGAAAGAAGUCGAGUGAGGCUGUCAAGUCUGAAGGAAAUCCACCUAUUCAACAUAAAAGGGAAGCCAUCCACACGAUCAGAGGUCGAAGCAUUACUCCUGAGGUUCAACCUGUUGAGGAAACUGACCCAUCUGUUUACAGACCUCAGUUUGUAUCUCCUGCUGCUCAGGCCAAAUGGUCUACUAUGGUCAGAAGGGACCUUAUUGUUCAACGAUCUGUGGAUGAGAACCAGCUGAACUCUGUAUGUGACAUUCUACCUCUGCUGAAUGAAGUAGGAUUGCUGAAGACUGUCACAGACAUCUGCCCAUACUCUAAGCUCCUCACGUAUGAAUUCUAUUGCAAUCUAAAUGACGAGAUUGACAUCUUAACCGGACCUCGUCCGAUGCAGAUCUUCAUCAGAGGAAGGUGGUACAUUUUUUGGCCUGACAUGAUCAAUGAAUACUAUGGUCUGACUGCUGUGCAAGAAGAAGGUGUCACUGACUGGAACUUGGUGGCCAAAACUCUUACGGGUGGACAGACCGAAGCUUGGCCUACUGGUGACAAGGACUAUCUGCAGAGCUCUCAACUCACAUCCAGAUAUGUUAUUUUACAUCGCCUGGCCCUUCACAACUGGCUCCCAUCAGCCCAUUUCCACACGGUUGGCAAGCUUCUGGCAGGCUUCUUGUUUCGAAUUGGAACGAAGAUGCCAAUUAAUCUAGGAAAAUGGAUUUACUAUCACAUCCUUACCUUGAUUCAUCCACGGGAGCAGAAGGUAAGACUACCCUUCCCAAAUCUGAUUUAUGGCAUUCUUACAACUCAGGGUCUUGAGCCUAUGCCCAGUGAAGUGAUCAGUCCAACGCUGCUCUAUACUGUUGAUAAACGUCUGCUGACUGGAGAUCACAUUCGGGAUGUUGUUCCGGUGACUGCCCCAUCCAAUUCUGAACCUGACGCUGUGCCUGAUGACUCUCCCCAUGCUAAGGAUGUUCAACUUUCCAUACAGUUGAAGGCAAGGGUCGCUGAUCUUGAUACAGUACUCAGCAUUAUUGCAAAGCAACUGACAGGGGCUCGUACUGAGCUGGCAACCGUUCUUCUUCAUUUAAGCCUAUUUGAAUCUGCUGCUGCUGCUGAUCCUUGGCUAUUGAAUCAGACCGGCGGCCAAAUCCGACAGCGGCGACAUCUCUAUCUCCUCUUCCGCCUUCACGUCUUGCAUUGCCAGAACCUCGACCACCAUCUUAAGGAUGCUUUUGGGACGAUGAUCCAUGGAUUAUCCCGUCUGAAAUCCUCGUUGCCCAAGUCGAAGCUGGCAGAUUUCGUCGCCUUGGGGACCGCCGACGCCAUGGACAAGAGGUUAGUAUUGGAGAAGAGGCCAACAAAGAUGACAUGA